CUAAAAUAGAAUGAAUCGGGUCAGACGGGUCACGAAUUAAUCCCACCGAUUUGCAGCCUUGGUCAACCGUCCCUUGGGGUACAAGUACAGCGAUGCCUACUGUCAGAUCUGGGGAAACAAAAAAACAGACGCGAUAUAAUGGUGGUUAUCGGAUCCAAUCGACCGCCGGGCAAAUCUUUGUCUCCUUUUAGAUUCGCCGGAUCUCUCGGCCGCCGGAGUUAGGGUUAGGUUGGACGGGGGGUGUUAGGAGAGAUGAAGAUGGUAAAGUCGCAGGUGUGGCAGCCUUGCAAAAAGAAGAGGUCUUGACCCAUGGAGAGGUGGGGAGGACGAGAAGGAGAAAGAUUUGGUUUGUCGAAGGACUUUAGGGUUGGAAUCCAGGGGACAAAGAUGAGCACGGUGGGAAGAACGAGGGUGGGGAAGUACGAGCUUGGGAGAACGCUCGGGGAGGGGACGUUCGCCAAGGUGAAGUUCGCGCGGAACGUGGAGACGGGGGAGAGCGUCGCCAUCAAGAUCCUUGACAAGGAGAAAAUCCUCCGCCACAAGAUGAUCGGCCAGAUAAAACGUGAGAUCUCAACCAUGAAGCUGAUAAAACACCCAAAUGUCAUACGGAUGUAUGAGGUGAUGGCCAGCAAGACAAAGAUAUACAUAGUUUUGGAAUUUGUAACUGGGGGAGAGCUCUUUGACAAAAUUGCUUGUCAUGGAAGAUUGAAGGAGGAUGGAGCCAGGAAGUAUUUUCAACAGCUAAUCAAUGCUGUAGACUACUGUCAUAGCAGAGGUGUCUUCCACAGAGACCUAAAGCCAGAGAAUCUGCUGUUAGAUUCAAAAGGGGUGCUCAAAGUCUCUGAUUUUGGACUAAGUGCAUUACCUCAGCAAAUUCGUGAGGAUGGGUUGCUUCACACAACAUGUGGGACUCCAAAUUAUGUUGCUCCUGAGGUGAUUAAUAACAAAGGUUAUGAUGGGGCCAAGGCAGAUCUUUGGUCAUGUGGAGUCAUCCUUUUUGUCUUAAUGGCAGGUCACUUGCCUUUCGAAGACCCCAAUCUUAUGUCUUUAUAUAAGAAGAUCUUUAAAGCAGAAUUCACAUGUCCUUCUUGGUUCUCUACAAGUGCAAAGAAACUUAUCAAGAGGAUUUUGGAUCCCAAUCCCCUGACUCGCAUUACAAUUGCUGAAGUCAUUGAAAAUGAAUGGUUUAAAAAAGGAUAUCAACCACCAAUUUUUGAAGCACCAGAUGUUAAUCUUGAUGAUGUGGAUGCAAUUUUCAGUGGAUCUGGGGACUCUGCAAAUCUUGUUGUUGAGAGACGAGAAGCAGCGCCAGCCUUAAUGAAUGCUUUUGAGCUUAUUUCGACAUCUCAGGGUCUCAAUCUUGGCACCCUUUUUGAGAAACAAAUGGGCACUGUUAAACGUGAAACGAGGUUUGCAUCAAGACUUCCUGCGGAUGAGAUACUUUCAAAAAUUGAACAAGCAGCCACGCCUCUGGGAUUCAAUGUAGAGAAACAAAAUUACAAGUUAAAGCUCAAAGGGGAGAAAACUGGAAGGAAAGGUCAUUUAGCCAUUGCCACAGAGGUUUUCGAAGUAGCGCCUUCAUUAUACAUGGUGGAGCUUCGUAAGUCCAAGGGCGACACCCUUGAAUUUCACAAGGUUUACAAUAGCCUCUCAACAGGCCUAAAAGAUAUUGUCUGGAAGCCACAAGAAGAAGUCAAUGGAACUAAUGAAAAUCUUUUCCCCAAUUCCGAGAGAGAGAAAACGCGAGGGAGGGAGAGAGGGAGCGAGAGAGAGCGCGGGAUGCGAGAGGAGGUGAUAAGCUCGGGGACGGUGGAUCCCUUCGUGCUCGCUAGGUCUUCUUCUCCUCCUCCGACUCCAGCCGCGAGCUCUGCUGGAGCAUCCUCAUCUGCUGCUCCAACCAAUGUAGCCAGCAUAGAUUGGCAGGGUAGUGCACAUGGUUCCAAAGCAGGUCCUUUGUCCUCUAUUGGUCCCCAGCCCCUUCAGACUUCUUUGAGCACAAAUGCUGGUGGCUCUGCUCUGGGCUGCUCACAACCUUCAUGCAGACCAUGGGAAAGGGGAGAUCUACUUCGGCGUCUCUCCACAUUUAAUCCUUCAAAUUGGUUUGCGAAACCAAAGGCAGCCAGCUCAUUGGCUUGUGCCCGAAGAGGUUGGAUGAACACUGAUAUGGACAGAAUUGAAUGUGAAUCAUGUGGUGCACAGCUCACGUUUACUACAGUAGCAUCCUGGACACCGUCUGAAGUCGAUCAUGCUGGCGGAGCAUUUGCAGAACAGCUUGAUGCAGGCCACAAAGUUACAUGUCCUUGGAGAGGAAAUUGCUGUGCUGACAGCUUGGUGCAGUUCCCUCCAAGUCCUCCGUCGGCACUUAUUGGGGGUUAUAAAGAUCGGUGUGAUGGGCUUUUGCAAUUUCAUUCCCUUCCUGUAAUAGCUUCAUCUGCAAUUGAGACUAUGAAGCUCACAAGGAGCAAUCAAAUUGAUCGUCUUCUAUCACAACCACAUACAUUUUUAUCUGGGGAAUCAGGCUGUAAAGCAGAUAGCACACCAGGGUUAGAAAUAUCUCGAGAUGAUGCCUUUUGUAGCCAUUCUCAUGCGCAGAAGCUUAUAAGCUUAUGUGGGUGGGAGCCUAGAUGGCUUCCAAAUGUUCAAGACUUUGAAGAGAAUUCAGCUCAGUCUGCUAGAAAAGCGUGCCCAGUUGGCCCAGCUGAAGAUGAACUUCGUCAUUGUCACUUUCCUCGACUUAAUAAGAAUGCAUUCUCUGUCUCGGCAAAGAAGGAUGCUGGAAAGAAGUUGAAGUCUGCUAAAGAAUCUUGGCGCAACAUGAGGUCUCCAUUACUAGAUUGCAGCUUAUGUGGGGCUACUGUCAGAAUCUGGGAUUUCUGCACUGUGCUUCGUCCUGCACGUUUUGGCCCUAAUGCUGAUACUGAUCCGGGCAAAAAAUUGGCAUUGACACGUGGAGUUAGUGCAGCCAGUGCAAUCAAUGGAUGGGUUGCUGCUGAGGAAAUGGAGAAGGGACAGAUAGAGGGUCGUGAUGAAGCAGCAACAACUGAUGAGGGGAAAUCACUAUCAAAUGCUGGUGUGGAUUUGAACCUCACAAUGGCCGGAGGGUUACCAUCCAUUCAGUCUGGCAUUCCGGCAACAUCUGAACAUUUUGAUAACGGCGGAAUGGGGAGAGAUCUAAUGAUUGGCCAGCCUACUGGAAGUGAAGUUGGUGACCGUGCAGCUUCAUAUGAGUCACGGGGUCCGAGCACUAGGAAACGCUGCCUGGAGGAAGGCGGAAGCACAGUUGACAGACCCCAGGACAGGAAUCAACAGGUUGACAGCAUAGAAGGGACUGUUAUUGACCGUGAUGGUGACGAAGUUGAUGAUGGCACACAGGAUUCAGAUGGCCCCACUAAACGUGCUCGUGGAUUUGAUAUCUUUAAAUCUUACCAUCCAUCAUGCAGGAUAGAUUCUUCUGGUGCGGGUCCUAGUCGUAAUUUAUGCUUUGAUAUAGAUAUAGAUGUCAAUAGAGUUGAUUCCUUUAAAGAAGGGAGUGAUGUAGCUGUUGGCCUCCCAUCCACAAGAGAUUCUGCUCGGGCAUCCUCUGUUAUUGCAAUGGAUACGAUUUAUCAUAGUCCUGAGGAAGAUUCUAUGGAAAGUGUUGAGAAUUAUCCAGGAGAUGCUGAUGUUGUUCAAUUUCCCUCUCCAAGCAUGCAGAGGAACCUUGACAUGAAUGAUGCAUUGGAUUUAAAUUACAGUAAUCAAGCACAACAAAGCACUUGUGUACAACCUGCUGCUGGAAGUAUUGCCAGAGAAAUGGGAGGCAGCAGUACAAAUGAGGGGGAAGAAAUUCUAAAUGCAGAAACAGUCACAGCUUAUGCUAGGGAUAGGUUUAGUUUAGGAAUUAGUGGAGGGAGUGUUGGUAUGGGUGCGAGCCAUGAAGCUGAAAUCCAUGGAGCUGAUGUUUCUGUGCAUAGAGCAGAUAGUGUUGUUGGUGAUGCAGAACCGAUCACCGAAAUCACCGGGAAUCUGGGGCAGACUGGGGAAUCAGCUCCAGGACCUGGACUAAUGGAUGAGUUUGUUCCAGAAGAAGCUGGUAGAGAGGAUCCUGUUGGUGAUAUUCAAGAAAUGAUGUUUCGAUCGGUGGGAAGAGCUGAUAGUGGUUCAAAAACUUAUGGUUCAACCAAAGCUGAUUCUGUUGAAAGUGGGGAGAAGAUUAGCCAUACCUUGGGUCAGGAUAGCAGUGCUCGUCCUUCACUUUCUUGUAAUGCAAUAAUAUAUUCCAGUUAUGAAGCAUCCAAAGAGGAGGUGACUCAGACUGGCAAGGCAUCUGCCGCUGAUGAUUUUGCACUCCUAGGAUCAGCAAAUGGAGAAAAUGAUUAUGAAGCAGGAGCUGGAGAAUUUGAUCCGAUUAAGCAUCACAACAGAUAUUGCCCUUGGGUAAAUGGAAAUGUUGCAGCUGCUGGUUGUGAAAGUGACAGUGGUUCAAGUUCCAGCAGUACUCUAGCUCUUUGUGGUUGGCAGCUUACACUGGAUGCCCUAGAUACUUUUCAAUCCCUUGGGCAUGUUCCCAAUCAAAUGAUGCAGUCCGAAUCUGCAGCUUCUCUGUAUAAGGAUGAUCAUGUAACUCCUAGCCAGAAACUUUUGACGCGCCAUUCCGCAACUAAAAGUCAGGGAAAGCACUGAUUGAGACAUAACUAAGUGCUAGGUUUGUCAGCUGGGUAUCUGCAAGAAGUAGAGGCAGAGCAUGCAACCGAACGAAGAAGGGGAAGAAAGCACUGGCAUUUGUUUUCUUCAUCUUUAUUUCUUUCUUAUGUUGAGGGUCAAAGACAUGAUAAGAUGCUUUUUAGUAGAUAAACUGACUAUAUUGUGUAUUCUUAAUGAGACACUCCCUGUAUCUUUCCAGGGCCAUGAGUAACAUACAUGGGAUUGUGCUCUGAACCAGUUCGUUCUAGAGGCCAAGGCCAACAGAUAUUCCUUAUAUAUCCUAAGUUAUCUUGUGGAGAAACUAAUGCAUGUCUCUUGUUGUUGCUCGAUUCC